GACGUUGACUCUUCGAGCCAACUCCUGAUACUGCUAGUUGCGCGUUAGCAAAUUGUACAACACAUUAAAGUCAUUUGAAUGUAUAAUUCGUAAAGCUGGCCACCACUUCCCAUGCGGCUCAGAACUAGCAUCUAUGUUUCGCUCUUCCGGUUAAGAAGCUUUACUGGGGAAGUGCGUGUCCCACCCAGGCCGUCCUACCACCUCGAACAGACAUUUUCCUCCGGUGUUCCUCUAGUCUUCGCCCGGAAACUCACGAUGCAGUCCCGCAUAAAUGUAACCCACGGCAACUGUCGCGGUAAGGAUGGUAGCAGAGCAGACGAACCAAGGCCGGGGCUUGAUAACGGCCCGGACAUCCCUGCUCUCUCUCCCGAAGACACACCGCGUCGUCAGGCGGAGAAGAAACGCUUCGGAAACGUAGCUCUAAAGAGCCCGAGUCCGCUACUCGGCGCUGCCUGCGAUGACGAUUCGGAAGCGGAGUCUUUUCGGAAUGGGAGAAGCGAGGAGGUCGACCGGGACACAAGGACCAGGGCCUUUUUCUGGUGCAGAGACUUUUUGUCGGGAUCGUGGAGAACUCUUCGAGAGCCAGACUUUCAAAUCAGCAUAGUCAGUGGUGGACUGAGUAACCUACUGUACCUGUGUAGUUUGCCUGAUCAUGUACAGUGUUUGGGAGAGGAACCUCGCCAGGUGCUCCUGAGAGUUUAUGGUGCCAUCUUACAGGGUGUGGACUCUCUGGUACUGGAGAGUGUGAUGUUUGCCAUUCUGGCAGAACGAAGUCUGGGUCCAAAACUUUAUGGCAUCUUUCCGCAGGGACGCUUGGAGCAGUAUCUUCCAAAUACUCGAAUGCGCACAGAUCAGCUCUCGGAUCCUGCCAUCUCAGCGGAGAUUGCCGUCAAACUGGCGCGCUUCCAUGAAAUGCUUAUGCCCUUCAACAAAGAGCCGAAGUGGCUGUUUGAGACCAUUGAUAAAUACAUGGAUCAAGUGUUGAAGAUUAAUUUUGUACGUGACGCACAUGUCAAGAAGUACAAGAAGCUGAUGAAGCUCGACUUACCUGCUGAGCUGAGGAGUCUUCGUGCCCUGCUGGCAUCCACUCCGUCCCCGGUGGUGUUUUGCCACAAUGAUGUCCAAGAAGGAAACAUCCUUAUGCUGGAAGACAAAGAGCGCAGCGCAACAGAGAAACUCAUGCUUAUAGACUUUGAAUACAGCAGUUACAAUUACAGGGGUUUUGACUUUGGGAACCAUUUCUGUGAGUGGAUGUACGAUUACACGUAUAACGAGUGGCCGUUUUACAAAGCCACGCCUGAAAGCUAUCCAACCAGAGAGCAGCAGCUUCUUUUUAUAAGAAGUUAUUUGGCUGAACAAAGGAGGAACACGGACUGUACUGUGGACCAGACACAAAUAGAGGAGAACAUGAUUAUUGAAGCAAACAGAUAUGCAUUAGCAUCGCACUUCCUCUGGGGGUUGUGGUCCAUCAUUCAAGCCAAGAUAUCGAAGAUAGAGUUUGGAUACAUGGACUAUGCUCAGUGUCGUUUUGAUGCCUACUUCAAGCAGAAAAAGCUCUACUCUUGAAUUCCUUCAUGUUCAUCUGAAUGUACUGGAGCAGCAUAUGAAAUGAAAACUGGCCAUGUUUGCAAUGACAGCACUGAUUGUGAUAAACUCCUCACACCUUCUCUUUCCUCAUCACUAUCAUCCUGACCAGGUGAGAGUCUAUUACAACGACCAGAUCUAUUAUUAGCAUGCAGAACAUGAAUUGAUGGAUUUUUUUAAUAUAAUGGACAAUAAUUUAUUGC